GAACGCAGACAUGCCCGUUAUUAAUAUUAUAAACUCUGGGCCCAGUGGCCUCCCAGCCGGAGCUUCGACCAGCUCCACAGUCUUAUCAGAGGAUUAGUAACAGACCCGCACCGACCUCGGGUUACUCUGGUGUUUUUGCGUUUCACAGUCUCUACUCCGCCAUUAGGUUGCGUAUCUCCUUCAGUAACCGCGCCUCUCUGAGUAGCUGAAGUGAAGUUGCUGCCGAGUCCUUCCGUAGUCAGACGUGGCGCCGCCGGGUCCUCGGAGCAGCGGUGGCUAUACAGUUUUCUCUCAGCUCACAAUUUCACUCAGGGAGCCCUGGCGUUCAUACCUGUCUCUCAGAACCUUUGCUGAACCAUGUGGAGGAAGGCUGUGCUGGUGGCUCUGCUAGCCCUUGCAGUAGGGUACCUCUAUCACACAAACCCAGAGCUACCAGAGCACAUGCUGCAGUUUGUCACCCAGUCCCUUCCCUGGUCGCUAAUCUCCACGCAGUAUGAACCCAGUACUCAUUCUCUAGAAGAAGCCAUCUCCAGGGCCUGGGACAGCCUCAUCACUGCUCCUACAAGACAAUGGGGUCGAAUAGCGGUUGGGGUAAAUGCCUGUAUUGACGUGGUGGUGUCGGGGGUAGGGUUGCUCCAGGCUUUGGCUGUCGAUCCUGGAUCAGGCAGUGACCAUGAUGUACUACACUCAAAAGAGGACCUGAAAGAAACCUUCAUUCACUACAUGGAAAGAGGGGCUGCUGCAGAACGAUUCUUCUCAGAUAAAGAAGUCUUUCAAAGGAUUGCUCGGGCUGCUUCUGAAUAUCCUGGUGCCCAGCUCUAUGUGGGAGGAAAUGCAGCUCUGAUUGGGCAGAAACUCGCCUCUUAUCCAGAGCUUGUGGUCCUCUUGUGUGGCCCUGUUGGGCCUAAACUGCACGAGCUCCUGGAUGAGCAGAUAAUAGUACCACCGGAAUCACUGCAGGAGACUGAUGAAUACCACCUCAUUCUGGAGUACAAGGCAGGGGAGCAGUGGGGAUCGACACAAGCUCCUCAGGCCAACCGCUUCAUCUUCUCCCAUGAUGUAUCCAAUGGUGAGAUGAGUACCUUGGAGACUUUCGUGGCUAGUUUGGAGGAGUUCCAGCCCGGAUUGGUGGUGCUUUCUGGGCUCCACAUGAUGGAGGGCAUGGGCCGGGAGCUGUGGGAGGACAGACUCAAAGAGGCCGUGGUUGCCAUCUCAGAUGUCCGUAAUGAGGUGCCCAUACAUCUAGAGCUGGCCAGCAUGACUGAUAAAGACUACAUGAGCAGCAUCAUGAAGGAGCAGGUCAUGCCCAUCGUCAACUCCAUCGGGCUGAACGAGCAGGAGCUGCUGUUCCUGUCACAGGCUGGAGGGGGUCCUCACUCUGACCUUGCUGCUUGGGACAGCAUACCUGAUGUGGGCCGUGUCACUGACAUCCUCCUGUGGGUCCUGGAGCAGCACGGCAGGGCUGACCCGGAGUCUGAGGCUGAUCUGACCCGAAUUCAUUUCCACACUCUGGCCUACCACAUCUUGGCUACUGUGGACGGUCACUGGGCGAACCAGCAGGCAGCAGUAGCAGCUGGGGCACGUGUGGCCAGCAGUCAGGCAUGUGGCCUACAGGCUGUGGAUGUUAGCAAGGUGGUGCUCAAAGCGCCACUGAGCUUCUACAGCUCUUUUUCCGAGCCUAGGCAGAGCUUGGUUUUGGACCCAUCCAGUCCAGUUACUGUGUGGCGAAGGGGGAACGUGUCGUUCCAUCUAAGUCCAGUACUGGUAUGUAAGCAACCACUCCGGACAGUUGGGCUGGGGGACGCUAUCUCAGCAGAGGGACUGCUGUACUCUGAGAUUGCACUCCAGCCACUGUCUGAGCAGUAAGUCAGUAUUGACGAUCACUCCAUGAGGUCCAGUUCUAAUUUUUUUUUAAAGACUAAAUCUAUUCUUGACGCUGUCUUCAAUUGCUAGCUGCUAAGCAUCGAACCAGCUGGAUGGAUGGAUGGAUCCUCCUUUCAUUCACCCCUCAUUGCAAGCAGUGCUUGCUGACAAGAACAGUGGAAGAAAAAAUGCUUUUGAAGAGUACAGGAAUGAGAUUUUUUUUUUGUUUUAGUGAGCAAAAUUGGUGCGCCGUCUUCUCCUCCUUUGUUGCUGAA